CCAAUGGAAUAAACGAACGUUAAGGAGGUUGAAAAUAUUUCGAAUAUGGCCGCGCCCAGUAAACAGAGCGUGGAGUUGAAUCCGUCUGAACUUGGAACCAAAGAAUAUUGGGAGCAAGCAUACGUUCAAGAACUAGACAACUUUGCAGACCAUGGCGACGUUGGAGAAGUGUGGUUUGGUGUUGGCAACGAGCUCCGCGUCGUCAAAUGGCUUCUGGCGCACGUCACCAAGUCGAGCAGCAUCCUUGACCUGGGCUGUGGCAAUGGACAUCUCCUAGUGCAGCUGGCCAAGCAGGGAUACACCGCUGUCACGGGAGUCGAUUACGUCACCAAGGCCGUUGACCUGGCGAAAGAACUUGCUGCAAAGGAAGAUGUUGCCAUUUCCUUCGAGGUGGCCGACAUUCUCGAAGACGCUUUUCCGUCCGAGCACUGCCUGUCGAAGACCUACGAUGUGGUUCUGGACAAAGGAACUUACGAUGCCAUCAGCCUGUCGCCGGAUGAACCUGCAGCGAAACGGCAGCGCUACCUGGAGCUGGUGGCACGCCUCCUUCCGGUUAAUGGCCGGCUCGUGAUCGUGUCGUGCAACUGGACUCGUGAUGAGCUGCUGAGCCACUUUGCACCAGUCCUGUCGCUGUGCGACGGCAUCCCAACCCCGUCGUUUGUGUUUGGCGGGAGCCAGGGGAACUCCGUCACUUCGCUCGUCUUUGCCCGCAGCUCCUGACAUCGCGACCCAAUGCCAAAAAAUAAAAGGGUGCCUCCUCU